AGUUGUUUAUCUCGUCCGGGCGAUCCCUGCCACGAGGAACGUCUACGAGGUUUUUAUUGCAGUACUUAAAGUUUUAACGAUGCACGUGCGUUCCCGAAAGUUUACACGCCAGGGUGCUUUCUUAUCUGAGGAUGAGGGACCAUGGAGGACUGGACAAGACCCUGGUGAAAGAGCUGAAGUCCUGCUGUGCACAGGAGGGCAACUUCCUUCCCAGCAAGUCUGGUUUGAAGAUGAUGGAGUCCUCUGAAAGUGCCGUGUCGGCCAAAUGCAGAGACGCCAGAGUGGAGGAGCUGUGGGGUCUGACCAGCUUCUUCGGCUACAGCACUCAAACGUUUGUCCGAGCCGUCAAUCUGUUCGAUCGAUAUCUCACCCUUACAAAGGCUCAGCCCAAAAACGUGCCGCGCGUGUCCGUGUGCUGCCUCCACUUGGCGGCCGGCGCCACGGAGGCGGCCAAAGACGUGGCACCCAGCCAGGAGCUCAUCCGCAUCAGUCACACCAAGUUCACCGCGUCGGAUCUGCGUCGCACCGAGACCGUCGUGGCCCAGAAGCUCCGCCCCGAGAGCCCCACGGUGACCGCCUUCACCUUUCUGCAACUCUACCACUCGGCUUUGAGCGCCGUGUGCUGCGAUGAGGGGAUAAACAUUCCAAGCAUCGUGAAGCUGGAAGCUCAUCUGAAAGCCUGCUUGUGUCGACUUGUUUUCUCCAAAGCAAAAUCGUCCGUGCUGGCCCUCGCCCUCGUCACCCACGAGUUCGAAACCCUGCAGUGCGCCGCCACGUCCAAGAUGCUACGGCAGAUGCAAAGACUUACAAAGGUAGGCGACAGCGAUCUGCGGCAGUGGCGGCACCUUGUGGCUACGCGCAUGACGGAGUACCACUCGGCUCGGUGCCACAAGCCCGACGGCAGGAAGCUGGUGUGGGUCUUGUCCAGUAGGACGGUGCAGAGUCUGAACACCUCCCACUGCGCCGCCCCCCGUCUGCCCUCCAUUCCCGAGGACGCCUGCGACCACAGACUAAGUGAGGAGGACGUGAGUAGCGGCGAAGACAGUCCGUGCGGCUCUCUGGGCAGUGUCGGUGAAGGGUCCUUCUUCCCUGACUCUGAUUCGUGACUCGGAACCACCUCUUUCUUUCAACGCAAACUUUGACUUGCUUCACGCUUAGCGAACCUAUCUCAUCCAUGCAAAAAAAAAAAAAAAAAUGUUGGCAGCUGCUUGUUGGCUUUGAGUCCGUGCCAGACACCUUUGAGGAAAAAAAAAAAAGAUUUGCUGUACUUAGCUAAAGCGCAAAGCAGCAUGAUGCAAGUGAUAUGUGCAAACUGUGUUUUACUGUGACAUUUUAAUGUGAACAUUCCAUAUCAAAUAUGCUGCUGUGUUAUGAAGGCUUUUAUUAUUUUUGUACUGUUUACGAAGACGAUUUUACUGAAAAAGUAAACACCUGAAAAAGGUGGGGAGAAACGUUUUAUUUGAAUGUAUCACAAAAGGAACACUUACAUGAAAUUGUUCUAAAAAUGAAAGAUGUUGCUUUGAAAAACGAGAUUUUAUUCCAUUGCAGUUUAGUUAUUAUUGUUAGCCACUGCAACAAUAUGUGGUUUAAACACCGCACUUAAAUAUAGGAGAAUGAAAAACUGUACUCGCUUACCACACUUGGAGAACCACGCUCUUAAGAGUUGAAACAGUGUUUUUAAUUUUUAAUAGCUUGUGCAAAAUUAUUGUACAUCAUGAGAAAUGUCAUCUUAAUAUUCCCAAAUAAAGUUGACAUAUGACA